AUGUGCCAUGCUUCAGCAUCAAUCAGUAGAAAUGUGAGGGACGACCUACUUUCUAUAGCAACUCGCCACAAUCAUGAUCCAGAAGCAAUUGACUUAGAUGUACUAUUCUUGAGGAACGCAAUCGGCAAAAGAGCUGUUGAUAGCACAACUACAACCCCAUCACUUCGAAGUCUGUAUAACAGCGAAAUAAUUAAACAUCCUCAUGCUGCCAUAAACUAUACAUUCCUCCAGACACAAUCGAGAGCUAAAAGGAUAAGACAAUCAAGACGCCCACAGUUGCCUCGGGAUAUCCACGAACUGUUAUAA